CCAACGCCUUCACUGAAAUCCUUAAAUUUUAGGUCUUGGACUUGGUCUUUGUAACGAGACUGCAGAGAAGAUGGAUCUUGUUAGCAGGCUACCAGACGAAGUUCUUUGUCAUAUAUUGUCCUUCCUUACCACAAAGGAGACUGCUUUGACAUCUGUUCUCUCCAAGAGGUGGCUCAAUUUGUGGACACUUGUCCCUGAUCUUGACAUUGAUGACUCUGUCUUUCUUCAUCCAGAAGAGGGUAAACGGGAUCGGCCCGAAAUUAUACAGAGCUUCAUGGAUUUUGUGGAUAGAAUUAUAUCUUUGCAGGGUAAUUCUCCCAUUAAUAAAGUCUCCCUCAAGUGUCAAACUGGUGUUGAUUCAGAUAAUCUGGAUUUUUGGAUACAAAAUGUGUUGGCGCGUGGUGUUUCGGACCUUGAUCUAUGCAUCGUUUUUGGAGAUAGAUAUUGGCUGUCUUCAAGUGGUUUCGAGAGCAACAAACUAGUUAAGCUGAAGAUUGGAAGUGGAAUUGAUCUUGGUUGGUGGACUGAGAGCAUUUUCUUACCGAUGCUUAAAACUCUUGUUCUUGAUUCAGUUGAAUUUUGUGUCGAUAAGUUUGCAAUACUCCUUCCUGCUUGUCCUGCCCUUGAAGAAUUAGACAUGGCUAAUAUAAAGGGAUUAGAUUCGGAUGAGACCGUGUCAAGUGCAAGCCUCAAGACCCUAAAAAUUAAAUCCAGCGUUGGUUCAGGCACUUUUUCAUUUGAUACACCAAGUCUUGUUUACUUAGGCUACUCUGAUUCUGUUGCAGAAGACUAUCACUUAGCUAAUUUACAAAAUCUUUUUGAGGCUCGAAUCAACCUUGUAGUAACUAAGGAUCAAAUCGAACGAGCAAGAGCCCCAAAUAAUGAUUGGUUAGAAGAUGAUGAGGAUGAUGUUGCUCUUCGACUUGGUAAUGUGGCAAAGCUCAUGUAUGGCAUACGAAACGUUCAGAAACUUUGCUUGACCUCUAGUACUCUUGAGGUGCUUUCUCUAUGCUGUGAGUCGAUGCCGGUGUUCAACAACCUCAAAUUGUUACGACUUAGGAGGGGUGAGAGUCGAUGGCAAGCAGUGCCAGUUCUCCUAAAGAACUGUCCACAUCUAGACACUCUAAGCAUUGUGGAUCUUUCGCAUUGUGUGCCAGAUACAUUCGAGGAUGUUUGUGACUGCAUUUCUCAGGAGGACAAAGUUUGUCCGCGUUCAACUUGUCCAGUGAAGAGAUUAGAGAUUGAAGGGUUUAGAGGAACAAUGAGAGAGAUAAAGAUCAUCAAGCACUUCUUGGACUAUUUUCCGUGUUUGAAGGAGAUAGAAAUCAGUGAUCAAGGGUAUGGUCUUACACAGCCCGAUGUCCCUGAAGUUAUUGAUCUUCAAGUACAGAUGAUGAAACUCUACAAGAAGUCAUUGACUUGCAAUGUCGAAAUCAUGGUCUGUGAGUCUCUGUAUAACAAGUUAACUGCACAAAUUCUACGAAGAACAUAACUUGCUCGUAGUUUUGCCAAAGUCCCUUCAGAAAUUGUUCAGUUUUGUUAACUGGUUUGAAAUUCCAAACGAAUUUUCUUCUUCUU